AGAAGCAUCAGCCAGGGAACCGUGCAAGUGGUCGAAGAGGGUGCCACUCGCGAUGUACUCAUAGACCAGCAAGGGGACCUCAGUCUCCAGACAGCAGCCCAGGAGCUUGACCACGUUCCUGUGGUUGAUUUGGGAAAGCACGACGACUUCGUUGAUAAACUGCUCUACUUGGCUGUUGUCUCCAAGCCGAGCUUUCUUUAUAGCGACAAGUCGCUGCAUCAGCAUCCCGCCGCCAUUCUGCUCGAAGAAUUGUUGACGGAGCUCGGUGUCCUUCCGGUUCUUGAUCCACAGCUGUACACAGGUAACGGCAAGCAGGAUGACGAGGAAGAAGAUAGUGGUCCCUGGAAACAUAGAAUACAGAAUGAGCGAAAAGAGAGCUUACCAAGAAAAAUCUCAGUCCAUUCAAGCGGAAGAGGCAACAGGAAAUGUGUUAGGAACACAACUAACACUCAAGAAGAGGAAGAAAGCAAACAAUCUCAAGUAGUGUGUUACCUUGGCAACCGUAUGGACGGUAGGGAUUCCCCUCGUAACCUUGUGUACAGUUACAGUAAUAUCCUUUUCCACGAGGAGAGUCGAAACAAGUGGGACGGGGGUGUGGCAGCAGCCUUCCCCAGAACACGACCCGUUUGCCACUGGAGGAGAAUCGCAUACCGACAAGCAUCCGGUUGUGUAGUUUCGAUCGUCACUAAUAGUCGUCAUGUACGCGAGCAAGAGUGGGCAAUCCUAUUCCGGAUGCGCAGCUCACCACUGCGGGAAAUGUUAAUCACUUGCAUCUUGCCGCGAAAGAGUAGCUUCCCUUGGACGUCGUUGCAGGUGAGUCUGAAACUGCUAUCGUCGCCGAAGUAGCAACCCGGAGAUGUGCCGAAAGGGUAAUGGAUGGUGACGUUGCCACAUCUAGUUUGGCAAUCCUUGCCAAGUUGCCCCUUGACCAGCUGCGUGUAUGCAAGGUUGAAGAAAAUAGCAACCAAGAACAGACCCUGCAACACCAUCUUCAUCUUCUCCCUCUCUCUUUCUCUCACUUGUUUGCUUUCUCUUUUGUGUGAUUUCAAAACUCGAGUCUUGAUGUUUAAGUAGACCUUGUACUCCCCAUGCACUUAACGUCAUUGAAUUCUCUACCACGACGGUUGGGGGGUUUUACAACGAAUACUCUCAAAUGUAAAGAUUCCA